AUGAAAGAACGAAACGUCUUUUCUUCUUCAUCAUCAUCAACUUUUACACUUCUUGAAGCCUUUCUUUCUUAUUUUUGCUGUGCUUCUCACUUCUCUCGAGUCACAACAAAGGUCCUCCGAUCUAGAUCUUCAUUAUCGCUACAAGAACGACCACCACCACCACCACCAGUAUCAUCAUCAUCAUCAUCACCACCAAUACCAAAUCAAGAGUCAAAUACACCAAAUUCAGGAAUUGAUUUAAAUCAACAACAGACCAAACCAUCCAACCAUGGCCUAUCAUCAGAAUCAGAACAAUUCGCACUUCCAACAAGUACUCUCUUCACCACCAAUAGUGUCAACAACAUGAAAAGUUCAAAUAGUUCUUGUGAUCUCGAAUUAUUGCAUCAUGAAUCUCCCUCUCAACAAUCAAUACAACAAAAUCCUCCUCCUUCAAAUCAACCAUCUACUUGUAAUACCUGUAUUCCGACUUCAUCCUUUCUAUCUUCUCUUCUUCCUUUCUCACUCACUGUUUUAGAAAAGAAUGACACGAUAAAAGUCAUUCAUCACUCUGAAACAUCCAAUACGAACCCAAAAAGAAAAAAAAGUACAAGUGUUCGAUUAAUGACAGAUGCCAUCAUCAAUGAGGAUGAUGGUGACUACAACGAAGAAGAUGAUAGUCAUUAUUAUAACCACAAUCACCACAAUCACUUCAUGAAGAAUACAACCUUACAUGAUGAAAGAGAAUCUGAAAUUCUUCAUAGCGAAUAUUCUAUAUGGUUAUUAUUCAAAUGCAUGUACUGUGCAUCAUCAACACCAGUGAAGUUUCUUUGUCAUCCUCCUCGAUGUAUUACGAUCAUGAACACUCUUUUAUUUCUUUUUAUUUUGCAGGGAAUAUUUGGAAUUUCUGCUGCAUUUAUUUUACUGUAUAGUAGUGGUCAAAAAGUUGUCAUGGAUACUCUCAACUCACAACAAUUACAAAUUCGAACAUUCAGUGGACAAGAAAUUUUAAAUUUAGUCGAUUCUACCUCUCUAGCGAUUGAUACCAUGCGAUGGCAAAUGAGUGAUUCACAUUUUGAUGUGAAAAACACAACACAUUGGCUCACACUCUUUCACUACAUUGUUGAUCUCUAUGGGACUAGUAUGCCCAUUGAUACCAUUAACUUUGCACGUUAUGAUAAUGUCUAUAUUGGUUAUAGUAGAGCGUCAUCUUCAUCCUAUUUUACACUUUUGAAUGGAUCUAUUGCAUUGCAUACUCAAUGUCAGUACUAUUGGAAAUAUAUUCCUAAUCAGAGAAUUUCAGCAAAAUAUUUGAAAGAUAAUUUAAAUCGAGUGUCAUGCAAUCCAAAUUCUACGACACAAGUUCAAACACGACCAUGGUAUCAGACGUAUGCAAGAAGUGAUGAUUAUUGGACUGAAAUUCGAUGGGCACCUGUCUUUAAAACUAUUGCUGGAGAUCAAACCAUUGCUGUCACCAUUCCAAUUUAUACUGUGAAUAAUUUAACACAAUUAGCACCAGGUGAAGAAGGAGACACUUCUUAUGCAUUUUUACCAGAAAACUCUACAAAUUUUUUAAACUUUAUAUCACCAGAGAAUAUGGAUAACUCUCAAAAGAAUCCACUCCAUUUGUAUGGAGUCGUUGGAUUUCAAUUACAAUCACAAACACUGAACCGUCUCUUGAAAAACUCGUCGAAUUUAUUUGGAGAUUUAGAUUUAGCAUUUAUUACAAAUUCAGAUGGAGAUUUAAUUGCUCUCAAUACCAAUACCAAUGAUGCAAAGUACAAUACAGCAUUGGCAAUUAUUGAAUCCUAUCGAUCGAGAAACGUUUUGAAUUUACUCAAUUCCACAAGUUGUGACCUCUCGGUGGAUCGGAUUUGUUCCAAAUUUAUUGAAAAAUCAACAUUUGAUGAAACUGCAAAUGUACUCGAUGUAGAAUUGAGUGUUGUGAAUGAUUUGUAUAAAUUGUCAUGGGGAGUAGCGGUUGCAACCAAAACUGCUACUUUUGCUGAUGAAAUUAUUACAGGUGGCAUUACCUCUGUAGUUGUUUUUUUAAUUGUAUUUAUAUUUGGAAUGAUGUGUUUAUUCUUUUGUGUGAGAGGAAUCAGUACUCCAUUGUAUCAAAUUUCAAUGGAAAUGUUGAAAUUGAGUACUCUGAUGGAUUUGAAUAUGAAUUCAAUCAAAGAUGGACAUUCAAAGAGUAUAUUUAGUGACAUUAAGGAAAUGCAAGAAUACAUGUCGAGUAUGAAGAAGGGUAUGAACACGAUCACCAAAUAUGUUCCUGAAAUUGUCAUUAAGAAAUUCAUGUUGAGACAACAGGAAGCACUUCUUCAAGAUCUCUCUGGUUUCAUCGGACCUAAUUGUGCCGCAUCUUCUCAUAAGAGUAGUGGAACACCCAUCAUGACCAUUCUCUGUUGUGAAAUGGAUGGAUUUCGUGCACUUUCUGAAAACUUGAGACCUUAUCAUUUACUUACCUUGUUGAAUCAUUAUUUCACAUUUGUGAGUGAUAUUAUUCAUAAUCAUCAAGGAGUGGUUGAUACUUUUAAUAAUGUGGAUGGAACGUUGAUGUGUUAUUUUAAUGAACCAACAACAACACCACUGAAUGAUCAUGAGUUAAAGGCAUGUGCAACUGCAUUUGAAAUUUUAGAAGGAUGCAUGGAAAUGAAUAAUUUCAAGAAAUUUUCAUUCCAUGAUCAUGACAUACACAAUGAAAAGAUGAACGGCAGAUCAUCAAAUGUGGAUCGAACUAUUUUGGAACAAGUUGAUGAUGAAGUGAGUGAUAAACAAACACCACUACUUGAAGAUCUUCAUGAGAUUGACAAAGACACUCCAAUUCGUGUGAAAAUUGGAAUUAACACUGGAACAGUAUUGUGUGGAAAUUUAGUUCAUACUCCCAAUCGGAUGAGUUAUACCGUAUUUGGAACAAACGUUGAAAUUGCAUCCAAAUUAGCUACUCUCAACCAUUACUUCAACACAUCUGUUCUCAUUGGUCCACAAACCUAUGAAAAAGUUCAAGAAGUAUUUCUUUGCUAUUUUAUUGACAUUUUACCUCGUGAAAAGAUUUAUGAGUCCCAUUCAGAGGAUAUUCUAUUGAAAGAUGUCAUGGAUCAACAUGCAAAGAGUUCUCUCACAAUGACAGAGACGAUUACCAACAAGAAUUACAUGACUACUAUUAGGAACACGAACACAACAACUACUACUACUUCAACACCUCAAAUAUUAUCUGAAAAUUCACCUGUGACAGUUGCAAGUAGAAAUGAAUUGAACGAUAUCGACACGAAAACUCAUCCAUUAUACUCUUUAACUUCACGAUGGUCUCAAAGAGGUCUUUUAGGUGCAAACUCAACGCACUGUGCGAAUCAAUCACAACCUCGCCAUGGUGGAGGUGUUGGUAAUGCUGAUCUCGAAUUUGAACAAUAUUGUUCUUCACUACUUCCCAUUUAUGAAUUAGUUUGCCACAAAAACAAAGCUUCUGAAUUACAACAGAGAAUUCAAUCAGAUUUGAAACAAGUGGAAUCUUUUUUGAAAUCAAUCAUUAAGAAUUCAACGAAUCUACAUUCAAAUCAUCAUAUUCCUAUUGAAAAUAAUGACACUACGAUGAGCAAUACUGGUUGUAGUAAUAGUACUACUGGUUAUUCCAAUCGAAACACCACAACCCCUUCUCCAAGUGUGAACAUGAACUGUCAUUACCUUAAAGGAAAAUGUUCUCUUCUUCUCUCACUGACAGACAUGAAGAGUGUCAAGAUUUUAUUCGACAAGUGUCAACGCUUUGAAAAAGAUGAGCGAUUGCAACAAAAGUAA